AGAAGAUGCAACCAGUGAAUUUUUUGGCACUUUUCCAUCAAAAAAUAUCUUAAAAUGAUGAAUCAAUUAUCAAAAUAGUUGUUGGUUAAUAUUCUGUCGAUCAACUAAUCGUUGCAGAAGUGCCUGCACACAGGUCUCACAUGUUUUGUCACUUAGUGAGAGUUUCUGCAUGUUGAUUAUCUUCUCUUGAGGGUUAUAGCUCUGCAUUGACUUCACCCUGUGGACAUCUUAAUUGUCUCUUGCUAUCGUGGGCAUCUUCUGUCUCUCAAUAGUACGAAUUCAUAAAAACAUCCAAUCUUUCUCUCUUAGCAGGAGAGGUGGAUAAAGUGCAAAAGCAAAGAGGUCAGGGUGGGACAGGGUAGUUUGGUGUGGGCCGGAAGAAAAUGCGGGAUGGAAGGGGUGGAGGAGUUCCACUACAUGAGGGCCAGUCUCUUCCUCAAUUCAAGCUGUGGGGAUGGAAAUGGCAGACAGCCAAAAGUAUCUAAAUGCCAAAAUCAUCCACCUUACUAACCUUUCGCUCUGUCAAACACACUUAAAUCUGCUCAUAAAUGCAAGUGGAUCCACAUCUCUAAUAACACACUAAUGUGUGCCCCACCCCUUUUCCCUACUGUUCUCUACACCUCCCCUUACUAUGCAAAUCACCGCCCACUAUAAAUACACCUAUUCUGUCACCCUCUCGUGCAUUGUCACACAAAGGGUCUUCAUUCACUCACACUUCAGGAUUCCUCCUCUUUCCCCAACUUCUAUCCCAGGAUGACUGCAGUGCUCUGUCCUCAUUUUAUCGGAAAGCCCUCCCAUUCAGUCUCCCUUCUAUUUCUCCUUCUGCUUGCUGGGCUGAGCAGCACAACAGCGCUUGGUCCUGGUAGAGUAAAGGUAGGGCUGGAGGAACGAGCAAGGGGUGAGGGCAGGGUUAGAUCUGGAGUAAAAGACAAGGGCGGGGACAGGGCGAGUAUUGAGGGCAACACUGAAACUGGAUUUGGAGAUACUCGUGUUUCUAGACCAGGAGCUGCAGCAGGAGAGGAUGGUGAGGGGUGGGGGGGCCCAGGUACUGCUACUGGCUUUAGAUUCACGCUUUCUAUUGGUGAAGGUGGACUGUGGGAACCGCGCAGUUCCUCUCGCUGUAUCCCUAUCCCGUCGGGCAUGGCCUUGUGCCAAAACAUCGGAUAUGACACGAUGAGGAUGCCCAACCUACUGGGCCACGAGUCUCCAGCUGAGGCUGUGCAGCAGAGUGCCAGCUGGCUGCCACUACUUGCCAGAGAGUGCCACCCUGACGCCCGCAUCUUCCUCUGCUCUCUCUUUGCACCCAUCUGCCUUGACAGGUUCAUAUCGCCCUGCAGGAGUUUGUGCGAAUCUGUACGGGACAGCUGUGCACCAAUCAUGAGUUGUUAUGGCUACCCCUGGCCAGAGAUUCUGCGCUGUGACCAGUAUCCUGCAGACCAUCUCAUGUGUAUCUCCUCUAUCACCAACAGCACUGUUCACACAGGGGGACGUAGAGUGCCUCAGGCAAGCUGUCGGGAUUGUGAGCUGGAGGACGCCUCCUCUUCAAAAGAUACCCUGGAGACCUUUUGUAAAAGUGAUUUUGUUGUGAAACUGCGUCUAACACGCCUCAAGUACAGCCCAGUAAGCCUGUCUCAGUUCUCGCUGGCUGCCAAACUGGACGUUCUGAAGCACGGACCCCUGUUGGGUGGGCAGAUCCGCUCCCGCAUACAGCUGUGGCUGGAGAGGGAUGCCACCUGCGUGAGGAACAUGACACGGCACAACCCACGAGGCGGGACCUUCCUAGUGACAGGCACAGUGCAGGGGGAGCGGCUGGUGGUCAAUAAGGCUUAUGCCUGGCAAAGACGAGACAAGAAUCUGAUGGCAGCUGCGCGCAAAUGGAAACAUCACAGAUGCAGGAGCUAGGAAAAUGUGCCAGGUUUAGGAAAGUCAAAAGAACUGAGAUGUGCAGUAUGCAUAUAGAGAAAGAGCAGACAUUGCAUUUAGAGCUCAACUAAAAAACCUACAACUGUAAAGUAUGCUCGGUCUUAUCUUUUCAAACCAUUUCCAACCUUCUCUGGUUAUGGAAGAGAUAUGCAGCAAUCAGCUGGUCACAAAGGAGCUCAUAAAGUACCAACACUGUGUCUGAUAAAAAGAUGUUUUUUUAUAGAAAAUGUACAUAUCUGUGAAUUUUAGGUAAAUAUCGCUGGUCUAUAUUUGUAUGGCUUUGAGAAAUAUUAAAUGUUGUGUUCUAAAUCCUGA